AUGAUGCCAGCUUUUCUUGUUGAUUUGGUUGUCAAAUUACUUGCUGGUAACACAGAAAAUUCCAAUGCUAUAGUUGAGACAUUACAGCAACGUGCUUAUCGUGCAAUGGAUCUAGCGGAAAGACGGUUAGGUACAAAUGAUUAUUUUGCUGGAAAUGAAUUCACUGCAGCAGACAUUAUGAUGGCCUUUCCAUUGACAACAAUGCGGGCUUUUUCACCAUUUGAUUUGACCUCAUAUCCUAAUAUACGUGCCUAUUUAAAACGGAUUGGUGCACGCCCUGGUUACCAGCGAGCUAUGAAAAAAGGCGAUCCAGAUUUUACACCAUUGUUAGAUUAA